AAAAAUUUACGCAUAUGCCGAUACAUAUCGAUACAUCGAUAGGGUGGGUCUGUAACUAUCGCAUUCGUAAAGGAAAAACAAAAUGAGCUCACAGCCCAUAAAUUUAAACAAAUUGAGCGACAAAGAGCGCCACAACUAUAUUUUAAACCACUAUGUCCUGAACACCGCCGCCGAGAGCGAGUCGCGCAAGCACAAGCGCGACAUCGAUGUAAUCCGGGAGAACCACCGCUUUCUGUGGGAGGACGAUGAAGUCGACUGCGAAUUGAGCUGGGAGCAACGAUUGGCAUUGCGCUACUACAAGAAACUAUUCAAGGAAUACUGCAUUGCGGACUUGACUCGCUACAAGGAAAACAAGAUAGCCCUCCGCUGGCGGACCGAGCAUGAAGUUGUGGACGGAACAGGUCAAUUCCAGUGCGGGAGCCGACACUGUGUGGAGCGGACCGAUCUGCGCAGCUGGGAGGUGAACUUCAAGUACAUCGAGCACGGUGUGCCCAUGAAUGCUCUGGUUAAGUUACGGCUUUGUCCCACGCACACGGAGCAACUCAACUACCGCACCAAGAAGAACGAGCACAAAAAGCAGAGACGUAGGGAGAAGGAUGAGCGCAGAGCUGGGAGACGGAACAAGCGACGUAAACUGGAUAAUACGGCCGAGGAUGGGGAAGAGAAGGAGGGUAAGAAAGAGGAAGAGCCUGCGGUGCCAAAAGCAGAUCAGGAAACAUUGAACAUUGAUGCUGAGGAACCCACUUCCACCGCGGACGACCGGAUUUGGCUCGAACAGCCCGAUCUCAGCAAGGAACAACCCUCCAGGGAGCAAGAAUUCGAAAGCUAUCUGGAAGACCUUCUAAUGUAAAAUAGAUAGCACGUUUAUUUUGAUUCAACGUAGACACUAGUGAUCUUUUUAAAGUUACUGGCCGCGAGAUGCGCUCGCUUAUAGACUAAGAUGUACAUGCAUACAUACAUCUCAUCGUGUAUUUUCUGGACUUUCCCGCAUGUACAUACACUCUCACAUUUACAUUUACAAGACUAUUCACAAUUAUUUGUUAAAACCAACACCAAAAAGUUGAACUGGACAGUAAGGCUGUGACUCUAACUCUGUUUUUUUUUAUACAAUAUAUAGUGUGUGCUUUGUGUACCUAGAGUUCAAUCGCAAUCUGUUUAUUGAUCGAAUGCAAGUCGGAUACGAUGCAGGUUCGAAAAUACAUUCUCAUUCAUUCGUUUCA